AUGAGGGAUGGGGUGCUGCUGGGCUCUCGGGCCAAGCUGAACCCCCAAAACAGUCACCUGAUCCUGGAGGAUGUGGGCGAGGAAGACGAGGGCAUGUAUGUGAUCAAACACUCGGACGUGCCGGAGGAUGUCAGGCACAUCCUCCUCAUUGUCAAAGAUUGCACCAUAGAGCAUAAUCUUAAAUAUGGCGAUACGUAUCAGAUCUCCCUGAGUAAUAUUCUGGGCCCAAUCACCCUGGAGUUCCGGCCCAGUGCGCUACAUCUCAACCAGACCUCGGACACCAUGGAGCUGCUCCUGAACCAGUCCCGCACCCCCGGGGAGGAGCACAAGGCCCGUCUGACCGUGUCAGAGAAGAAGGUCAGCCUGCACACUGUGACAGGCUCAGACGAGGGCAGUUACACCAUCCUGGACUCUGAUGGUAAAGUGAGGAAGAGGACAUGCCUUAACGUGAAAGAGCACCAGAACUUUGUCCAGUUACCGUACGGCAGCACUCUGAAGAUCAACCUGAUUGUGGCCCGCUCUAGAGUUCGAGUGCACUACAAGCAGAAGUCCAGUGGCAAGACGUGGCUCAUUAUUGACCGAGGGGAGCUGGUGGCUCCGAUGGAUGCCGGACUGGAUAAGAGGCUCUCACUAGACAGGUCCAUGUGUAUCCUGGAGCGCGUGCGGUUCAGCGAUUCGGGGGUCUUCAUGGUGACCGACCUGGAGGGCUUCCUCAUCUCCAACACCGAACUGGAGGUGGAAGCCUACAAGCUGCCCCCUCUUUACGUGGCGAUAAUCUCGCUCCUGUCGCUGCUUGUGUUCCUCCUGUGCCUGUGCCUGCUGUCCUGCCUGGUGAAGGUGCACCGUCGAACUCUGCGGGCUAGGGCCAUAGCGCGCAUUGCCCAGGAGGCUGGCAAGGGGGACGGUGAAAACUUCCGUCAGGUGGUUCAUGAGGCCUACACCAGAUUCACAGAGGAAUCCAGUAUGAAGUCCCAGUGGGACAGCAAGGCUGACAACCCGGAAGUCGACAUCAAGGGUCUGGAGGUGUCCAAAGGGGGCCGCUACCACACCCUGCACUCGGAUAAAAACUUUGACAUGAGCGACUCAGGGGUGGAGUUCACCAUCUCUGGCUUACCGCUGGACAGCGACACUGACAUGCCCCCGUCAUAUCUCUCCCACAAACUCCUGUUGGGCUCUGACCACCUCAACGGAACCGCCAGCCCAGAUCCCGUCCUGAGCCCGAAGCAGACCCCUGAACCUCAGCCUAGCGACAGCCCUGCCCUUGAGCCCAGAGUGGGCUCCCCCCCGGAGGUGGGCCUGAGGCCCACGGCCACCCACGAAAUCAUGGCUCCACCUCCUGAAGCUGGUCCUGCCAAUGAGGGGGACAAGGACUCCGCCCCACCUAGCGACGGUGUGGCCGGUCAGUGCGCCAGUGACGAAGAAACUGCCAAAUGA